ACACACACACACACACACACACACACCAGGACUUGUAAACAUAACUUAACACGUCUGCUCACAGUUACGUCAACUGCUCAGUAAUGGAUGCGAUGUUGUUACGCCCAGGGAAAAGAAUGUAUCUCUAAAUUGAAAUGAAACAUGGAAAAUUAGUGUCAACUGCACGCGUGCCAUCUUGUGUGAAGAUAUGUGUGUAUAACCCGGAUUUUGUGACCACUGACUGAAAGAAGGAUGAGGUGUUACAAGGGUUCAAUCGCCCAUAUACAAUUUUUACUGGGCAUAGCCAUUGGUAUCGUCAUAACGUUUUUCUUUAGUUCUAUGAUAUCAUUACAAGGGACUGUGGUUCGUGUUCCACCCGAACAUCCCCAUGCCCUAGGAGAACGGAGGCUUGCAGAGAACAGCGUAGAUGUACAUUCUCACUUGCACGAGCACGGUCGGGAACAUUCUCACGAAGAUUUGGAUAAUUUAGAGGACCCUCACAAAGUGGAAUUUGAGGAUACACAUUUCCAUCAUGAUGACGAAUCGGCUGCCAAGAAGCUUUCUGAAUCCACUCGCGUAUUGUGUUGGAUCAUGACAUCACCUAAAACUCUCGAAAAGAAAGCUCGACAUGUGAAAAAUACUUGGGGAAAACGCUGCAACAUUUUAUUAUUCUUUAGUUCGGAAACAAACGCCACGUUCCCUACGAUAGGAUUAAAUGUAUCCGAAGGGAGAGAUCAUUUAACAGGGAAAACUAUUCAAGCAUUUAAAUAUAUUUACGACAAUUAUUAUAACAAAGCAGAUUGGUUUAUGAAAGCAGACGACGACACCUACGUCAUCGUGGAAAACCUGAGAUAUUUUUUGUCAGGACAGAAUACGUCACAUCCUGUGUAUUUUGGUCAUAGAUUUAAAGUGAUAGUGAAACAAGGGUAUUACAGUGGCGGUGCGGGUUAUGUCCUGAGUAAAGAGGCUUUAAGACGUUUUGGUCUCUAUGGAAACGAUACGAAACGUUGCCGCCAAGAUGGCGGCGCUGAAGAUGCAGAAAUUGGAAAGUGUUUGUACAACCUCGGUGUCAGUACAGGAAAUUCUUUAGAUGCUCUCGGCAGAACUAGAUUCCAUUGUUUUAAUCCCGAGACACAUUUGUUUGGAGGUUUCCCACCUUGGUAUUAUAAAUACGACAACGAUGGAGCGAAAAAGGGAACAGAGAAUAUUAGUGAUUACGCCAUAUCGUUCCAUUAUAUACCAGCUGAGAAAAUGUACAGUUUAGAAUUCUAUAUUUACCAUCUACGACCGUAUGGCAUUAUUUCACAAUUACAGAAUUUGAACAACAAACCGGAAGUCAUCCCAGUUACGCCGGCUGCGGGGUGAAAGUCAAUGUGGUGAUGUGCAGACUUGAUUAACUUUACAUUGAAUUAUUAAUUUUAAAGGAAUGUGAAGUCAAAAGAAAUGGGAGAAUUGUUUAACCAAUUAGAUUCUUUAUUCCAAUAAAGUGGAACUUUAAUGAAAUAAGAAUCGACGGAUGUUAUAUCAUUUACGAGAAACUGUGAUAAUUGCCUGAUUGCUUACGUCAAUGCUGAAUAUUUUCUCUUCAGAAUGACUUCAAGAUGGCGUCGUUCUGGGUGUUAAUGUGUAAAUUAAUGUUUCAUGGGUGACAUUUUUUUAAUAGAUAUCUCACGUACUUAUGUUUAUCUAAAGAAACAGAUAGAACCCAGAUAUAAACAUCAUUCGUUGUUAUAGUGUUGUAAAUUUAAUUUACGUCUGCUGAUUUGGCCGUGAUUGACGCGAAAAUUGCGUCCUUAUGGCCUGAAGUAUUAUGACGUACAUUUGUGUAUUCUGACGUGAAGUAAUAUUUUAUCUAAUGACGUACAGUUUGGUAUCUUCUGACGUGAAGUACGUAAUAUAUUAUGACGUGCAUCGUUGUCUAUGACGUGUGAAUUAAUAUCUUAUGGCGUACAGUGGUGUCUCCUGAAGUGGUGAUGUGAAGUAAUAUCUUAUGACGUACAGUGGUGUCUUCUGACCUGAAGUAAUAUCCUAUAACAACUGAUGUAAAGUAAUAUUAUUCCUGACGUGAUAUAAUAUCUUAUGACGUACAGUGGUGUCUUGUGACAUUAAGUAAUGUCUUAUGACGUAAGUAAUUCUAUCUUCUGGUGCAAAGUAGUGUAUUAAACUAUUAUGACAUUUUCCUCAAAAUGGCCGACUUUCCAGAUAUGGCUUGUAAUAAUGUCCUUUAUAAGGUUAAAUAUGACUUCAAAAAUGAAUUGUGAAAAGCGCAGAUAAUAGUUUGGGAAUAAUGGUCAUAUAUACACGGUUGUUUAUUAGUUGUGUGUGAUGUGCUGUGGAGGAAGUAAUGUUUUAGGUGUGUUAUGUCUUAAAGUUUCCUUAAGUGCAUAUUCCUGAAGCAAUGGCCCGAGAAAUCCCUCUCUGGCCAUUGCUGGAUUGACUUCUGAUACUUGAGCUUUUGUCUAUUCUUCCCGUGCAAUCAACAUGGCAGCCCUUAAUUUCAGCUGGGUCUUCCCUAAAACGUUGGACAGUGAUUUAAGGUUAAGGUAUUAAAAACGGCGAAAGUAUUGUUCGUCACCAAACAGUAUUGUUUACUGUAUAGCCGUUUUGGAUAGCCUCGUUUGUCACGCAAUUAGUUUUUCUGCAAUAUUCUGCUAUGUACUGGUUAAUUGGGCGUAAUAAAUUUCGUGAGUCAUGACGUAACGUUAUGUAACAAAAUUGGAGAUCUGUUUAAACUGGAAUGAUAUUGUUACACGGCUAGGUAUUGGUUGUUAAUCGGACUAUUGGCCAGUCAUAAUUUGGAACAGAAAUUUGCUUUCAUUACGGCAGUGUAGAGCGGGAUUAGGUCUAAUCCAGCGAAACCCUGCGAGGAGUAUGUUUAAGUGUGGGCUUAUAAUUUUCUAAUGUUCAAUUUUCAUAUUACUGAGCACUACAAGAAAUAUUACUAAUUUGUGAGAAACUUUUAUUUUAUUUUAUUGAGUUUCUUCCUUUUUAUGUAUGUAAACAAAUGCCCAAGGCUAUAGGGCGCUUUUAAUAGAUGGGUAUCACGAUUCGGGACUUACUUAUUUACAUUCAACAGUUAGAUAUUAUUAAACUUAAAGUUAAUCGCCAUAUAUUCAUUAUAAGUCAUACGGAGCAAUUUCAAAUUUGACUCAAAAGAAAACUAAACAGAUUUGAAUUCGCCUCUAUCAAACACGACGUAAUAAUAUAUAUGAUUUUCAGAUCAAUAGAAAUUAGCCAGUGAAUAUGAACCUCCAUUAAACUAUCAGAUUUCGCACGGCUUAAUACAUGCUAAAUAUGUACUCAGAUUGAUUAUUUAUCAUGAAUACCAAAUCAAAAUACCAUCCCUAGAUAAUGGUCCCGUUCCGGCUUGGAUUUAAUCGAGUUUUAAAAAAGGCUUAUCAAUAAAUGUCGUGGACAACAAAAUGGCGACCGGCUUAUUGCAUUUCAAUUCCAUAUAUGUUUAUAAAUACUGAACGGAACUGGACCAUUUGUGGACCGGUAUUCUUAUUAGAGAUCCAUCUUCACAAUAUUGCCAUUUACAAGUGAUUCUGUAGGGUUAAAAUGACGAAUCGUGAAUUUAAAAAUAGGUGUGUGCUUUGGUUUGAUUGUCUUAUUGUUGGUAAUUUAUUAUGGUUUUUUUUAAAGAAUAAAAGUAUAUUCUUCA